UUAUUACUCCAGACAAUCCCUUUUCCGGAGCCAAACCUUCAUUUCUACAUGACCUCCCUUUUUUACAUCCCAAACCAAUCGGCCAGCCAUAACUCCCCACCAUUCCAUUUCUUCCGUUCAAAAUCAAUCGGCCAGGCUAACUCUCCAACCAACCACAUCUAAAACCUCACAGCCCGUAAUCAACCGCCUCGCUGCAUCGUAAGCCUCGUCUGCCGCUCUAAUCUCAUUAAAAACGCCGACUUUAGGUUCUCAAUACGGCCUCUCAAACACCUGGACCUACGUCGAUCGUCGGCUAGAGCCUAGAAGCGAGGUACCGGUUCCGCCUUCCAGAUUCAACGCAAAGAGUAUACGAUAUGUUGACGCACAGAUGAAAGUCGACCAUCGACAAAGAGACGACCGGCUUACAGGCUUCAAGGCUCCAGCUUCCCAAUUCGACGAAGAUACGAGCGGCUUCCAAUCCUUCCAAUAUCCCAAUUUCAGGAGCGGCUUCCAAUCCUUCCAAUAUCCCAAUUUCAGGAUCUGGCAUCAGGGAGGAUGAUUGGUAGUGCUAGAGAGGAGGAUGACCUCUAUACUUUUGAUGAAGGAACACAAUUGAAUAAACAAGAUGUCAUUCAUGAAAGGCGAUCUGCUACGGAGAACCCGAAAACUCGUUAAAGGAUUCGCCAAAGCCGAACCUGUGUGGUUCAAAGCUAUGGAAAAUGCACCACCAGCUACAUUUCCUCGAGCAGAGAAUAAAAUUAAGCCAAUUACCCUUCCUGAGGAUGCUUAUGUCAAGAAGUUCUUUCAGAAAAAUCCUUAUGCUAUAUCAGAAGACGCAAUUGACUUUCGUGGAUGCGACCCACCUCCAGCACGUUUGUUUGGAUGUCGAGUGGUUGAGUUGAAGGAACAAGGAGUUCAUGAAUGUGAUGCUAUAACUGUUGCUGAUGUGGAGUACCAAACAGAGAAAAGGGCAAAAAAGAAGGCAUAUGCUCGAAUGAAGCAAAUAGCACGCGUUCAAGGGAAGGAACCACCUCCCAACCCCUAUCCUAAAGCUUACAAGGAGAUACAAGAAGAAGAAAGGCCAUUUGUAUGUGACCGUUUCAACAACCCGAGCAUCCUGAGAAUUGCAGAAAAACUUAAAGCAGAAAGGGAAGCCGAGUUCAGAGAGAGAGGAGGAGGAGGUAGGUAAAGCAGGCCGUUGUUGUCACCAGUCACCAGCCCUUUUUUUAUUUUGUUCUUUUUGAAUCUGAUGGCUUUCCUCUUGGCCAACAGAACUAGGGAUAUCCUUAUAGUUGAAUUUCUCUGAAAAGUGGUGGUUACCUUGUGUAAGCUCACAUGGCUACAUCUUAAAAUUUUACUACCACCUCUCGUUGAUCGCUUUCAAUAUUUUGUGAGUUAUGUCUAUUGACUUGCUGAUCUUGAAACCAUGGCAGCUGUAUCCCUUUGUGCCAUUUAAAAUGGCAAAAACAUCUGCAAAAUUGCUUAGUGAUUGUAUGUUAACCAGUGUUUUCCCCAAACACCAUACUUUUUU